AUGCCCUUCACUCCCUCCCAGCUUGACGAGAUUGUCAACAAGUACAAGACGGACGGAUACGUCAUUAUCGACGGCCUCAUUCCCGACAACCUCUAUGAGCCUCUCUGUGUCGCUGCCGACAACGUCACGGCCAAGGCCCAGCAGGGCGAGUGGGACGACAUCCGUAUCGUCGGCAAGCAGUUCCCCCCAUGGUCGCAAGAAGACCGUAAGGCGGGUGUUUGGGGUGUCCAAAGCCUGAUGAACCCCGAGCUCGACGAGUCGGUGUUUGCCGAGUGGUACGGCUCGGACGACCUGCUCGACGUUUCCGCCGCGCUCAUGGGUGUCACUCGCAACGACAUGCAGUUUGAGCUCUUCAACCUCCUCGUCAACCCCACCGAGCGCGACUAUGCGCUCUCGUGGCACCGCGACGACGUCAAGGCCACAGCCACGGCCGAGGAGGAGACCGAGGCGCUCAAGAUCAAGCACCACACGAUCCAGUGGAACGUUGCGCUGUACGAUGACGAGUGCCUGACGGCCGUGCCCCGCUCGCACAACCGCGUGCGCACGUCCGAGGAGCGCAAGGCAAACCUCGAGGGCGGGUGGGGCGACAUGCCCGGCAUGCAGACGCUGUCGCUCAAGAAGGGCCAGGGCGUCUUUUACAACAACAACAUUCUCCAUGUGGGGAAAUACAACUUGGCAGUCAAGCGGCGUACCUUGCAUGGGUGCUACGGGUCGCCGCCUGCCGGCGACACGUCGCGCGCGCGCAACUUGCUCCAGCACGGGCUGGGGUAUACCGCCGACCCGGGGUUCAAGGCCGGCGUGCCCCAGAGCCUGUGGCCGAUGCUCGACCGGCUCAAUGCGUUCCAGCAUGACAUGGAGGGCAAGCCGAUCGAGUACAGCCAGGACGACUAG